UCGUGGCAUGUCGUAAACCAAGCUAUCGUUGUGUUCAGGGUAGUAAACUGUUAAUGGUCAUUGAUAUCCCGUCUGUGGUAGAUUUAAACUAUAAACAGUGUAAUAAUUGUGUGGACUGCUUGUUCUAUCGAUACGGUAUACUUUGACAACAUGGUGAACGUCGUUUAGGCUCUGAGGAGCCAGAGAGUUGGUCAAUUCUCCAGCAAAACAAGCCCGAAAAUGGCUACAUACAACGCCGAAGUCGCUGCAGGUCAUUCUGUCGUGGUGGAGGUGAGCCCAGACAUCCACAUCUGCGGCUUCUGCAAACAGCAGUACAAUAAUUUUGAGGUAUUUCUCGCCCAUAAGCAGAAUGGGUGUUCCCUACCCACCUCUGACACAUCAGCUACAACUACCACAGCCUCACUUACAGAUCCUAGCUCUGAGUUUGUUUUCGAGGAAACCUACCAGACAUGUGUUAGGAGAGGUGUCAAAAAGACCAUGACCAAAGCACAGAAAACACCUUCCAAAAAAUUAAAACCUGCCCUGACUUCAAAGCGACACAGCUGCUGUUUCUCAGGUUGCACUUUUAAGACUCAGUAUGGCCAAAAAGACAUGGAGCGGCACCUUAAAACCCACACUGGUGAGAAGCCGUUUGAAUGCGAGCUGUGCCACAAGCGCUUCAGUCGACGGGACAAGCUCAACAUGCACAGCCGCUCGCACACAGGUGAGAAGCCGCACAAGUGUAAACACUGUCCCUAUGCAGCAGCAGACAGCAGCAGUUUGAAAAAGCACCUGCGUAUCCACUAUGACGAACGGCCCUUUAAAUGCCAGAUCUGUCCGUAUGCCAGCCGCAACUCCAGCCAGCUCACUGUUCAUCUCCGCUCACACACUGGGGAUUCACCUUUCCAGUGCUCACAGUGUGAUGCAAAGUUCAAAAUCAACUCAGACCUGAAGAGGCACAUCAGGAUCCACUCUGGUGAAAAGCCGUACAAGUGUGACUUUUGUGAUUACCGUUGCGCCAUGAAAGGCAACUUGAAAUCUCACAUUCAGAUCAAACACAACUCCGGGAACUCCCUUAAAUGCGUAGCCUGUGAUUUUCAGUGUACCAGCAAGACUGCUCUGCGACAGCAUACAAGAGAACACCAACCAGUUCAACCCAUGCAGUGCUCAAAGUGCACUUACUCCUGCAUCAGCAAGGGGGCAUUAAAAGUCCACGAGAGGAUUCAUUCAGAGGAGCGGCCCUUUAAAUGUGACUUCUGCAACUUUGCCUCCAAGCAGCGCAGCAACCUGGUCAUCCACAAGAAGAAGUGUCACUCAGAUAAGCCUGAAAAAGGAGGCAGGGGGAGAGGAGGGAAAGGUGGAGGGAAGAAUGGAGGAGAUGACUCUAAAAAAACAGUGGGCUCCAGAUAUCGGGCAAAACUAGAAGCAGCUCGAGCUUUCUUCUGUGACUCGUGCGAUGCUUCUUUUGUGAGGGAAGACUCUCUGCGCAGCCACAAGAAGCAGCACAGAGAUGCUCAGAAUGUGUUGCAGCUGCAGACCUCCACCCCAGCUGAUGCAGUAAACGUAAUUCCCGUCACAUCACAAAGCAGCACCCAGCUUCAAGUUCCUCUCCAGUCUGACUCGAUGGCUCCGUACAGCAACGCACAGCUCAAAAUAAUCGUAUCUCAUCCACUUAGCCAGGAGAACAGCUUAAUCCCCACAGCUGUUGAUAAUCAGACUAAAACAAACAUGGUUCUGCUCAGCCCAGAAAGCCAAGACAUGGUGGUGAACUCCAUGAUCCAACAAGUCAACCUUCUAGCACCUAUUCAACCUCUUUGCUCCUCCCAAGCUGCAGAAACCACCCUUGAACCUCAGGCAGUUCUUCUGACACAGCUCACUCCUGACGACACCAACAACCAGCUCCACCAGGCACUGCUGCACACCGCCAUAACAGCUCAGGACUCAAGCAGCGGCUCGCAGACUUUCAUCACAACCUGCUCUGAGCUGGAGGGACUCAACGCGCUGAUCCAAGAGGGCGGCACAGAAGUGACAGUGGUGACGGAAGGGAAUGCCGCCAUGGUUAUGAACCCACCUGACAUGGUGUGUGGACCAUCAGAGGAGCCGGUGAGGACCGUCCAGGUCCAGGAGAGUGCCUUACCCUGUGAGGAGAGUGCGUUACUCGUGCCAAACAUCACUCUGAGCAGCCAAAACGUUGUGAUCCACAGCGUCCCGCUCAUAGUGUCCACACAGCCUCAGCAGAGUGUGAUAGAGCAGCUCUCUCCUCAUACACUUUAUCCUGAUUCACACACACUUGAAUAAGGGGAUGAUUCUUUUUUUCUUUUUACUGAUAAUAAGACUGCAACUGCAUCAUAAGCUAUUUCUUCUCCAGUAAAAACCUCUUAGGACUAGGGUUACUACUGUAUGCAGGUCAUAAUCAACAACAGAUUCAGUUUCUACAGUUCUUAUCAUGAACCACUUAAGUAAAUAUUCUGUUUACUUUUAAUUGUCGGGUUUUAGAAUAAUCUAUAGUAGUUGUAGCAUGAUAGUUCUUUCACAAUUGUCAUGUUUAUCACCGAAUAGCUAUAAAACUCAAUCAUUUGGACAUCAUUUCAUGCUCUAUUUUCACAUGUAAUUUGUAGACGUCAAAAUAAAUCAACCUUUUUCAAGGAAAAACUAUGACCAAAUAAAAAUCACGUUUACUGUCAGGCAACAUCUCAAAGUAAGCUCAGAAAAAAGACUGGAAUAAACUUGAGAUUUA